UGAAUCUAUAAUUCUAUAUAUAGAAUCUAGAUCUAGAUCUAGACAGAGUGUUCUGGUUCCAAACAAGCCGGUGACCAAGUGACAAGAUAUUUAUAAUUUAGAUCUAAUCUGGAGUAGAUCUAGGAACAUCAUAAUUAAAAAUGAUCAAGGUAGAGCGAGACUUUCCUCAUGAUCCUAGAAUAAAAGUAAAAAGGAAGAAAUAGAUGAAACUGUAUUGCUAACACAACCAUCGGAAGAACAAACUCUUGAAAUAACAACAGAUUCAAACAAAUUCUUUACAUUUCAACUGAAAAAAGAAAUAAAAAUUGAAACUGAAGAAAUAGACGAAACUGUUUUGUUGAUGGAACCAUCACCUGAACAAACUCAAAAAUUAGUAACAGAUACAAAAGAAGACUUCACUCUUCAACUGGGAAAUAAAAUGAACAUUGAAAAUGAAGAAAUAGCUGAAAAAUUUUUAACACAACCAUCAAAACAAUAUACUCCUAAGUUAUCAAGAGAUACAAAUCAAGAAAUUAUAUCAAUUAGGCCCCCAGAGCACAUUAUUAACAAAAGUCAUACUUGUGAUAUAAAUGUAGGAAGUCAGUGUCAGGAAAAAGUCUUGAAACAAGAGAAGAAGAAGAAGAUCGAAGAAAACAAUGUUUCAAAAAUAAAAGAACAUCGACACCUCAGUCAGGACAAGAAAAGAAUAUUAAAAGGUCAAGAAGAACAACAAAAAACAUUUUCAAAGGAUUUUGCUUUGCAAAUCCACCAUGGGACACCUUCUAAUGAGAAAUCAUUUAAUAGUCAAAUAUGCACAAAAGAGAUGUUGUCUUGUACAUCGAAUUCAAAAGCACAACAGUUUGUUCAUUCUGGUAAAUUUAGUAAGAAACAAUUUAAAUGUCAAACUUGUGCUAAACAAUUUUGUAAUGCUUCACAGUUAAAUCGUCAUCAAAGAUCUCACAAUCUGAAAAAGUCCUUUCAAUGUGAAGUAUGUGAAAAAAAAUAUUCUUCUUUAUUAUAUUUAAAAAAACAUAUGUUAAGUCACACUGAGGGAAAACCUUUUGAAUGUCAAAUAUGUAAGAAACAAUUUUCACAGCUUUCUUGUUUACAAAAACAUCAAAUACCGGUAUGUCAUAAUAAAAAAAAGCGAUUUAAAUGUGACAUUUGUCAGAAAGUAUUCUCUUACUCUUCUGCCUUAAAGUUUCAUCAGCAAUCACAUACUGGGGUAAAACAAUUUAAAUGUGAAACGUGUCAAAAAGAAUUUGUUUAUUUAACUCAUUUAAAAUCUCAUCUAAGAAAUCAUGCUUGGGAAAAGCCAUUUAAAUGUGAAUUAUGUCCGAAAGAAUUCUCUCACUCUUCAAGUUUAAAAUGUCAUCAACGAUCACAUACCAAGGGAAGACAAUUUAAAUGUGAAAUGUGUCAAAAAGGAUUUUUAAUUUUUUCUAAUUUAAAAGGUCAUCUCUCAACUCAUACAGGGGAAAAGCCAUUUGAAUGUGAAAUGUGUAAAAAAAAAUAUUAUGCUUAUAUCAAUCUGAAAUGCCAUAUUUUAUCACAUACUGGGGUAAAACCAUUUCAGUGCCAAAUAUGUCAGAAAGAAUUUUCUCAUCCUUCCCAUUUAAAAUGGCACACAAGAUCUCACUGUAGAAAACUAUUUCAGUGUGAACUAUGUCAGAAAGAAUUUUGUGAUUCUAGUUAUCUCAGAAAACACAAGCUUUUACAUACUGGUCUGAAACCUUUUCAAUGUGAAAUAUGUCAGAAACAUUUUGUUGAUUCUAGUACUUUGAAAAGACAUAUAUUUUUACAUGCAAAAAUUAAACCAUUUAAAUGUGAAAUAUGUCAGAAAGAAUAUUCUCGUAGGACCCUAUUAAAAUCUCAUCAAAGAUCUCAUACUGGGGAAAAGCCAUUUAAAUGCCAAAUUUGUCAGAAAGAAUUUUCUCAGCCUUCUAACUUAAAAAUUCAUCUAAGAUGUCAUACUGGGGAAAAACCAUAUAAAUGUCAAAUAUGUGAGAAAAGGUUUUCUGACCCUAAGAAUUUCAGAAAACACAAGGUCUCGCACACCAGACAAAAUCUUAACCCAGCCAGCAAAGCUACCAGCUCAGGUCCGGCCUGAGUUAGGCACCCUCAUGGGGUACCGGAUAGUUGUGCGGGUCUUUUUUUUUUAAUUUCCUGGGCAGUCCGGGGCCCAUUCCAACCCCCCCCCCCUUCCUUAGACGAACGGGGCCCUUCAGUUGCAGGGGAUGGAGAGAUUCUCCCCUUUGGUUUACUGCUCGACGUCGGCUGGCGACCUGAUUUUUGCGUGAUACAGUUAAGGUGCCACCACCCACCCCCCUUCUCGUCCUACUGGCAACGAGUGCCUUCCCCGCCUCACUCAUCGGCCAGAAACUUGUGGCGUAAUAAAUUUCAAGGGGAGGCAACUAAAAAAGCUUGUUAUAAUUGGCUCGGAUAGUCUUCCAUUUCAUUAUAUACUUUUUUUGUUGUUGGCCUCCUUCAGUCGUAGAGUGACACUCCCGUCCACAAAUUUCGCAGGGGUGGCUUUCGCUUUGGUGGUAGAGGAGCUGGCCAUUUUUCGCAUGGCACGCUUUUCUUCCAGAGCUGACUUUUUUUUUCGCGUUCAUAGCUUUCUUGGUCACUGUCUCUCUCCAUCUAGUGCGGUCUAGAGCUGUCUUCCCAAUGGUCCGUAUCGAUGUUCACUGAUUUGAGGUCCCCUUUUAUUACAUCCGUGUAACGGAGGUGGGGGUGACCAGUUUUUCUUGAGCCAGUCGCGAGUAGUUCGUAGAGAAUGACUUUCGGGAUGCGAUUGUCUUCCAUCCGGCGAACAUGUCCAAGCGAGCGCAUGCGACGUUGGCUGAGGACUGUAAAGAUGCUGGGAAUACAUGUUUGCGUAAGGAUCUCAGUAUUGCACACUCUUUCUUUCCAUGUGAUUUUUCAAGAUCCUUCGGAGACAUCGCGCAUGGAAUUCUUCUUCGUUCUCAUUUUUAUGUUGAAGCGUUCAGAUGAUUAGACCAAUACAUGAGAUGUACUGCGCAGUGGUUUCAAAAUCAGGGAGCUCUCCAUAUAGUGUUCUUUCUAUUGGGAUGUCUUGACAUGGUCGGCAUUUUCUGGUGACAUUCCACAUGGGCAGAUUUCACUGGUUCCAAUUUUGAGCUGCCGGUACAUACAUUCUGUUGUGUCCGGUCCUGAGUCAAAAGAUUGACGUUGAUCUUGUCGGGAUAGCUUAUAAUAAGCAUCAUCUUUCUUGUGAUUUGGAUGAGAUGAGAGCUUGUCCAUUUCUCAUUUAUUUUAUUUAUUAUUAGUUUCUUCAUUUCUUCUGGGGCACAUGGAAUGAGUUUAGUUUUCUCUCUUGCUUUGCGUAGGUGGUAAACUGGUACGAUUCACUGCCAUACAGUAGCAUACUCAUAACACAUGCCUUGUAGACUUCUAUUUUGGUCACUUUAGUGAGCUUCUGUUUUUCUCAAAACUCUUUACCUGAGUCUAGCAAAGGUCGAGGCAGCCUUCCCUAUGCGUUUUUUUUUCUCCUCUACUAUAGGCAUGUCAUCUUGAAUUGUGGCUCCCAGAGAGCAGAAUUCAUUUACGGCAUCCAACUUGUUAUCGUCUUAUUAUAAACACACAAUAAACCCAUUCAAUGUUUUAUUAUUUUGUCAUGUAUAAACUUUUAUUGCUCCGUUGUUGUUGUUGUUUUUUUUGUUGUUUUUUUUUUUACAUUUAAAAUAUUGUAUGACUCAAUAUCCAGGAUCUCGGCAAACUGCACCACGCGACAUAACUUUCUCAAAGAACUUGACUAUUCGGGGCUCCCAAAUAAUUAACACAUUCAUAUUCAAUAAAUCAAAGUCAAUAUUGUACUAUUACCAAGCUUUUGCCAGGCGCUUCUUACCGUUCUCUUCCUCCCUAAUGCUAAUUCAUUCAGUUCAAUGUUUUUACAGCCUCAACUCUUUUGUUCAAGCAGACCCUCUAAGAAUCAUAUAACAAAGUUUUUUAGAUUCAUUUUAAAGAUAUAAUUGAAGAAUGCUUCUUUCUAAUAUACUCGUGAUUUAAAAAAAAACUGAAAAAAAGCUGUUGAAAAUAUAUUUAUAGUAACUCAGAAAUACACAUUACUUCUAUUGAAAAAUAUCUGGGGAAAAAAAAAGCAGUGUGAAUCAGGCAGCAGCUAUAUCUCAUUGGACUAUCAAAUCUUUCCCUGGCUUCAAAUAUGACUGUCAGAUUGACUUCCAAAAAUAAAGCUGUUGGUUUUUAAUCUCGGUUUCCCCUGUGUCUGGCGCUGUGUCCUGAAGUGGAAGGAAGAAGCCCCCAGAAUGUGUUGUGGUGACAGCAAAAUCCAGCUCCAUGCUCUAGAACCUUACUCUGAACCCACAAAAGCCUUCUUACCCACUAACAUCCGUUGUCAGAGCAUUUUCUUUCUGCUACGGUACCCGAAAGUAAAACGGAUGCUUUAAAAUGACGUCGUUUGGAGCUCUAGAAUUGAAAGAAGACAACGUCCUACCAACGUUAAUUGUUUAACAGUAGGUAUACCACCGGAUACGGAGUCUAAUGCUAGACCUGAAGUCAUCUUCGUACACGUUUCUUCAGGUUUACUUUGUUGGUGAUGAAUUUAACGAUAAAGAUAUCCGCUAUAGCAACUUCCGUGGAGUAAAAUAUGAUGUGGUAAGCCAACUCCAAAAAAAUUGUGGCAUGAACGCAGUAAGAAGCGAUUGGUCGUGUUCUAAGAAUCGAAAAGAUUUCCAAGUCGUGAUAAACGCUGUUAGAAAGCCCUCUUGGUUAGGAAGCCCUCUGGGAACAAAUGAACGGUGGGUAAUGCUAGCUAUUGGUGUCAUAAUAGCUUCUACUCAAAACAUUUGACUUUGUUUGGUGUUAAUGGUUUAAGGAAGGGAGACUUUAAUGUGUCAGUGUUGAUGGGUAUGAUGCUGUGAUCAGUGGCGUAGCAAGAGAGCCGUGGGUUCAAGAAUAUCUAGGUGGGCCCCCUCACCCUCAAUAAGACUAAUUUAGUGUGUGACAAAAACUCGAGUAAUCUGAAUGUAUUUAGAAAACGACAUUCCAUUGCAAGUAUUACUCCUUUUUAUAAGUAAUAAUAUCAUUAAAUUUAAUCAGUUAGGACUCCAUCAAAUAAUGGUGUCUUAAAUUGCAAUUAUUUUUUUUUGCAACUUCUGAACAGAAUUAAACGACUUGAAGCGUUUCAAAUGAAAAAACAAA